GUGAUGGCAAACAGUGCGGUAGGAUAUGCAUGCUGCAGCUGUAAUAUACAGUGCUUGAUUGAGAGAAAAAUGGAGAGGCCAGCAAUGCGGCGACAAUAGGAGGGGGGCAGGAGACUGGAUUGUGCUUUCAAAGAUGAAGUACUGACGUCCUAUGAAUAUGAGGAAUAAAUGAAUCGGGCGGCAUGAUUUUGAACAGCUUCUAAUGCUGUGAUUAGAAGCACUUGAUAUGGGUGUUUCGUUCAAUGCUGAAAUAAUGUUAUUAAUAUGGGCGCAUCAUGGUAAAUUGGAAGAGAGGGUGACUCCUAGAUAUUUAUGAAUCAAUACUUUGCUUAGUGUGUGACAUACAACUUGUAUGGUGUACGAUCAUGCAUACAGAUGACUCAACCAUGGUUAGGCAUCUAGCUGACAAAAGCUUAACAUUUGAAGGCAUGCAAGGAUACACAAUAGAUGCUAACAUCUAUUGUCAUUCCCCUCUUUUAAGAGCAUUUUUCCUUAUUUUUUCGGUUUCAUUACAAUGUCCAUGUGUUGCAAGAAAUUACUGUUAUGCAUAGGUUAAUGGUUCUUAAAAUGUGUACCGCCAUAAUUGCAAUUCAUAUAAUGACAGUUGUAAGUCAAAGAAAAAUUGCGUCCUACUGCUUGGAAUGCGUCUUGAUCUGUGGUCAUUUACAAUCGUACUAAAACCCGAUCUCUAGGCUCAUGGUAGAUCUCAGUCUGGGAAUUAUGGCGACGGAACAACAGUAACGCUAUGUCUAGCAGUUAUUUUUCUAGUAAUUCUCGAUGUAAGGAGUUAACUAAUGUGCCGAACUAAAAGUACACUGUUUGCUGUCAAUAUACUUGGCGACCAAAGCGAAGCACAAGCAAACCUGCAGUUCCAAGAUUUCUCGGACACGUUGCAAGGCAGCAGCGACCAGCGCAGUCGGCAAGCAGUGAAUCAGCCAUACACCAGCUUCUCGGACAUGAACGAUGACGAAGACGAGAGCGACGAGUUACAGCUGCUGAACCGAGAGAGAGAUGCCAGUGCACCGUCGUUCUGGAAGUUCAGCUACUACCAGAGCCUCUUUGACGUGACGACCAAUGAUGUGCUCAGGCGGCUGCUGUGGUCAGCCAUGCCACAGUUUUCAAGCCCAUCCUACCUCGAGAAGCACAUCAGGCCUAACCCUGACCUCUAUGGGCCCAUAUGGGUAGGCCUGACAUUGGUGGUGACUACGUCAGUGAGCAGCAAUGUGGCCAGCUACUUGGAGACAGCUGGCCAGAGCAAGGACUUCUGGCACACUGACUACACUCGAGUGUCAUUUGCAUCGACGGCAAUCAUGGUGUACAUGUUUUUGGUGCCACUGGUGCUGUGGGCGGUGCUCAAGUACCGCAAAGUGGAGUCUCGCUACUCCCUGUUGGAGACUCUCUGCCUAUAUGGCUACUCCCUGGCCAUCUAUGUGCCCAUCUCUAUCCUGUGGGCUGUGCACCUGACCUGGCUGCGGUGGACAUUGGUUGUCGUGGGUGCUUCGCUCUCUGGCUGUGUCCUGGUCACCACUUUGUGGCCUUCUUUCAGGGAAGACUCCCGCAAGAUGGCCAUCAUCACGUCUGCUGUUGUAUUUGCAUUACAUGCAUUACUGGCUCUUGGCUUUGUGCAUUCUUAGUCAGCAUGUUGUCAUGGAUGUUGCUCAGCAAGUCACUGCCCUCAACUUUUCAGAGGUACUUCUUUCAACAUGAGAUUGUACACAACGUGCCAGCAACGCCACCACCUCCCCUGGUCGUCACAACUGCAGGUAGUCACUUCAGUGGUGACGUAACAAAAGUGGUUGUGCCAGUGAGCAACGCACAUUAGCACUGUGUCAUGAGAGUCCCCAUUCUGUGAUAUGUUGCAUUAAAACAAAACAUUGAUACAC